UGACAUAGAAUCGAGUCCCAGCUACAUUCCUACUAAAUUUCCUACAGUUUAUAAAUCUCAAAAAGUUAAUGAGUUAAUGGUCAUGAAUAGAUUUAAGCGCUUAAUGGACCGCCGGCAGAACAAAAAUGCAUCUUCAGCACUCAAUCCUGAGCCUGAAGUUAAUGAAUUACAAGAAAUGAUUACUGAAGAUCCGCCGACAGUAACUCAUUUGAGAGUUGAUCAAGAGUGUCAAGUUAACUUCCAUUCAGAGUCUGAUGUCAAUUUUCACACAUUUAUAUGUAAUAGAUAUGUUAAAAAUGAAAUAUGUAAUGCAGAGACUCAAACAGAAAUUAUCGACGAUACUAGGUCAAUUAAAGUUAAAAUUGAUAAAAAAAAAUGCAUCUCCAAAAAAUGUGGUACUCCUCAUACAACAUUCGUUAAUCAACAAAUGCAAUCUGACAUUACUCAGUUCAUUGGCUUUUCAUCGAUAAAAAAUAAUAAUGAGUUGAUAGGCUGGAACUGAAUUUCGUGGGUUAUUGAUUGAAAUCCCGUUUUUAUUAUGGUUUCCAUUUUAAAUCCAAAUUUAAAAAUAAAAAUGA